AUGCCCACUGAUUCUCAGUAUUCUCAUCAGCAGCAGCACCAGCCACCAUGGUCCCAGCAAUCCUCUCACCUGCUCUAUCCCGUUCACACCCAGCAGUCCUCUUUUCCUUCGCCAUCAUCACCUACGAUGUCCCUCAGCGACCAUCACUACCCGCCUUUCUACUCUCAGCAGCAGUCCCAUUCUGGCGAGGGUCUCGGCGAUCGUGUCAUCGACAGGUCACAUAUGGCUCUAUUGCUUAACCUCUCCUCACUCACAGUAGCCUCGCCCACCAAUUUGUCCCCCCCCCACCAGCGCCAUGAGGCAUAUGCACCAGCAGCUAUCUGCGCAGCACGCUGA